AUGCAUGUUGAAGUAUCUGUGGCUUUAAAUUUUGUCAUCUCGUAUCUUUACAACAAACUGCCCCGGAGACGAGUGGACAUGUUCGGACAUGAACUUGAGAAACGAAUGAAAGUCAAGUUUAACGGACAUUGGUAUCCGGAUAAACCAACUAAAGGUUCGGCUUAUCGGUGUAUUCGGGUCAACGGUGAGAAGGUCGAUUCGGACAUCGAGAAAGCCGCCUUUGAGAGCGGACUGGACAUUGGUGAAAUCAAAUCCUAUUUGCCAGCCGAUUUGACCUUAUGGAUUGAUCCGUCCGAGGUAUCUUACCGCAUCACCGAGAAGGGAUCCAUUAAAAUCCUGUACAGCGACAAAAAGGACGACGAUACAGUGGAUAAUAUCGACCGUGAGGUUCAGGCCGUGAGUAAAAGCUUCAACCCUGAGGCGCAGUGUUUCAAACCGAUCGAUUCACUGUCGUCAUCGCUCAGCAGCCUAAGCCUCUCGCCAUCCUCGCCGACCUCUCCGGCUGGAUGGAGCAACACCACCUCACCGUCCGGCGCCCUCUUCAGCUCAUCUACUAUGACCGGCACUGUUUCUGUUCCCGCCGGUAAUCAAAACCACGUGACUGUAGCUUCUUCCAAUACCUGUUCUUCCUCUGCCCAAUCUUCAGGUAUCGUUAACACGGUGAUAGCAGUUCCGGUGCCCACAACAGGUGCUUCUUCAGCCCUUCUUGCUCCCAGCCAUUCUUCGACCGGUGGGGUCACAAACAGCAACAAUGUUGUAACUGCCACCACAGCGCAAGGCACGUCAGCAACGUCCCCCACUGUUUCAUCUUCGGUAGUAAACGCAUCAAACGGUGCUGCUCCCGCUUCAGGGUCUGGUUCGGCAGCACCAGCGGUGGUUACUCAGUCAACCUCAUUCCUAAACAAGCCUAGUCACACCUCACCGCAAUUUACAGCUUCUACGUUCGCACAGACCAAAUUUGGUUCGACAAAACUAAAGAGUCAAGUAAAACGCCCGACCCGCUUAUCACCAAUUGAAUUCCGGAAUUACUUCCGGCAGCGGGCCGCUGGUUCCUCUCUCCAGUCAUCUCCCGUGACUCCAACUGGUGGCAAUUUGAUUGGAGCCGGAAAUGCAGUUCCCGUAUCUGCUGUAGGGGUACCGUCAACAGUGGGCAACCCGGCUGUGCGGGUGGGUGUUGGUUUUGGCCAUCCUACAACUGUUGUGAAUACGGUUCCAUCACCAUCCGCAGCUGGUACCCGUCCAAGAUCCCUGUCUCCAAGAGACCCAAGACUUGAAUUUCUCUUUGACCAUCACCAUCAUCAGCAACAUACUCAUCACAGAUACAUCCAGACUAUGAACGGUCAGAAAGCCAUUAUUGGAACUAAUUCGUCUCUUCUUCCUCAGCAGGUAUCCCCCCAGUCCCAGCAGCAACUUUCCCAGUCUUUUUUGCAAGCCCAGCAACAAAUUCCUUCGCCUCAACCACAGGCCCAACAACAGCAACAGGCAGCCCAACAACAUCAACAGGCACCCCUACCAUCCCCUUCUUCCACUGGCAUGACUCUUCGAGAUUUCUAUCAGUCCAACCCCGGCCCGGCUAGUCCUUUCAAUGCUUCUGGCCCUGUGCCCACAGCAGCAGCCCCAACAAAUCUAACUUUCACGGAUUUCCUUCCCAACGCUAUGUCUAACCCUAAUAACAUCCAAUCAGAUAAUCAGAAGUCUUUCAUUGAAGCACUUAGUAAUUUAGGCACGGCUGCCUAUAGCAAUCAAUUUCACCACUUACUAGUCGCCAAUUAG